AUGCGAGACGACCACGAAUUGAACAUUAAUUUUGUAGCCCUUGUAGAGGCAUAUCCCUGUCUGUAUGACAAUACACGGGAGGAUUAUCAUAUGAUCCAUGUGCAAGAACGGGCUUGGGCGAAAAUUGCAAAAGACAUUGGGGAAGGAGCUACCAUCGCAGAUUGCAAAAAAUGGUGGAAGAAUUUACGUGGAAGUUACACGAAACAUUUAAAGACAUACAUGCCAUCUGGAUCUGGAGCAUCGGUAAAACGCCCAUACUAUCUCUCGGAGUACAUAUGUUUUGUUUUACCGUUCACUAAGUCCCGCCAACCGAAAGGAAAUGUUGACGCACCAAAGAAUAUUGAAACGGCCGAUAUAAUUCAUGAAGAAUCAAUUACGGAGGACCUAGAGACCGAAGAGCUUGAAACUCAACAAUUAGGAAGUCCAAAAAUUGGAAAUUACAAAAACAACCAAGGGAGAAAUGACGAUAUUGAUGAUGAACAGUCGAUUCCUGAAGAAUUUAACGAGCCUGUAUCAAAUAUUAUUGUAUCUCAGACAGACAGUUUGGAAAAAAAUGAUUCUGGAGGUCCAAAGCAAAAAACACAAAAGAGAAGUGUAUCCAGUUCGUCAGUACCUAGUGUAAAUAAUCCUAAAAGAAAUAAAACUACUCCGAAUCAAAUAUCUUUGGCAGAUGUUAACAAAUCUGCCUUUGAAUUUUUUGAAAAAAAGAAGCAAGCACCGUAUAGACCACCUGCUUUCACUAAUGAUGAUGCCGAUGUGCAGUUUUUGUUGAGUCUAUUGCCCGAUUUAAAAAAAAUGACAGACAAGCAGAAAAGAAUAUAUAAAAAUGGUUAUGUAAGAAAAAGUCCACUUUAUCAUAAUCCUUGUAUCCCCCUACUGCUUCUACUAGCGAUACCACGAAAUUAUCCAAGAAGCAUUUCAAGCCAAACCUCACCAUCAAGCGAAGUAGGAAACUAUGAUGAUACAACUUUGCGAUUUUUCCGUUAUAAGGAGAAAAGAUAAAGGAUCCUAGCCAAUUCUCAAAAGAUUGCGAUUGCCAUUUUAUAGAUCGGGA